AUGCCCUCCCUGCCGACAUUGCCCCAUAUAAAGGAGGGCGGCAGGCUGUGGGGCUCAGCGUGUGCCUGCGGCCUGGCCCUGUUCCGCGUGGACUGGGGCUGCCCGCCGUCGACCGAGGCCGACUUCCAAGUCACAGCCCUGAACGACACGUAUGGCAUCGCUUCCUGCAAGGACCUGAGGACCGUGAAAGGGAUGCUCGACGGUGACCGAGCAAAAUUCUGCAGUUAUGCGAUCACCUUUGAUUCGAUGAAGUAUAGUUGUAAGGACCUCGAUGAAGCCUCCUGCACCAUGGAUCCCACGGCACCCACAGGCGCCCUCGCGAAAGUGACGCAAGAUAUGUACCGCGUGUACCACUGCCCCGAAGGCUCCAGCUUUGACAACGGAGAUCCCUGGUUCCUCAUUAAUUGCGAGGGUGGCAUGUGGAAGAGUGGCCUCUACAAGCCGCAAUGCCUCGUCGCUACAGUGGUUGUCUACACCCACGUGACAUCCAUGGUCGCCAAUACGAUGGCGCCUGCUAACGCAAUGGCAACUACGGUCGUUCACCUUUGGGGCGGGAUGGCUAGUAAUAACGCCGGGACGACCACUGCUUCGCCAGCGAAUGCCAUGGGUUCCCACAGGACAACCACCGCUGCGACUAACACUUUAGGAACCAGCGCAUCUGAAACAACCGCAGUGGCAGGGGGAGAGACAAUGGUAGGAUCCAUGACCUACGUAACAACCAACGUAACAACCAACGUAACAACCACCGUAACAACCAACAUAACAACCAACGUAACCACCAACAUAACCACCAAUAACACCAUCACCACAGAUACCCUCACCACAACACCAAGCGACAGAACCAUGGCCAUGACUACAACCAGGGCCAUAACGGCACCCCAGGCCACAACCAGAACUCCAACCAAUGUCAAUACCUCCCCCACUCAAGCAGGCACCAUCGCAAGCACGGGAACGACAGGCGGUUCCAGCACGGCGCUGAGUGGGACGACCGUCAGCUGUUAUUCCAACGGAACUUGUAUUUUCGGGAAUGGAACAGUGACUGAGGACACGUCAACAAACUCCACUAUGUUGAUGUCUGGGUCGGGCAUCGCAUGUUUUUCCAACGGUACUUGUGCCUUGGGAAAUGAAGCAGUGAUAUCGGAACCGACAGACAAUUCCGAAGUGCUGGCGGAUGGGACGAACAUCGCCUGUUUCUCCAACGGCACUUGUGUCCUCGAAAAUGGAACCGUGAUCCAGAGUGCAGCCUCCCACUCCAGCAUCAUGAUUACGUCGAUGAGCAUUGGCUGCCACCCUAACGAUACGUGUGUCUUAGUUGGUGCGACAGAAGCCCAUUCUGUGUAUAAAUCGACAUUUUAAGAAAUCUUACUCUUUCUCACCC